ACCCCGAGCUUCAUUUCCUUCCACUACAGACCGCAGGGGCUGACCCGCAGGGUCCCCGGGGACAUUCUGUACAGGCGCUGGUAACAAAGCCAUCACCGUGUGCCUUGAAGACCAAAGGUGCCCUGAUUUCCCCCAACAAGAAAAACAAGAAAGGCAUGUAACUUGAAUUUUGUACACAGAACAAAUAUUGUCCAGCACUCUUUGUGCUAUUUUUCCAAAUAUGAUUUGGGGAGUGAGCCAACAGAUAGGGAAGGAUAUUUGUUUUUGUUUUGGAGGUCAAAAAUAAUGCUUUGGAACUCCAUCAAACAAAUAGGAGGUCUGCGUAGACCGCAGCGUCACGGCACGCCGUGGGCCUUGCGUGUUCCCUGUGCUGUUGCCGCUGCUCCAAGCCUGGGAGAAUGCUUUUGAAACAAAUCAGGAAAUUACUUAUCAGACUGAAGCCCCAAAGGGUUAUGAGCUCGCCUUGCUGCCAAAGGGAUGGGGAUUUCAAGUGAAUGCUCCACAGCUGUUCACAGGCUCCAGCUGUUGGAAGGUCUUGCGAGCGAUGGAAGGAAGGAGCCCGCCGUGCCGAUGGAAGUGAACUUCUUCAGGCUCUUUUUCUCCCGGAGAUGAGUCUUUUGGCUCAGAGCCCAAGAUGUUUGUCUUGCUCUAUGUUACAAGUUUUGCCAUUUGUGCAAGUGGGCAACCUCGGGGUAAUCAGUUCAAAGGAGAGAACUACUCCCCGAAAUACAUCUGUAGUAUCCCCGGCUUACCUGGACCUCCAGGCCCCCCUGGAGCAAAUGGCUCCCCUGGGCCCCACGGUCGGAUCGGCCUUCCAGGAAGAGAUGGAAGAGACGGCAGAAAAGGAGAAAAAGGAGAAAAGGGGGCUGCAGGUUUAAGAGGCAAGACUGGACCUCUGGGCCUUGCCGGAGAGAAAGGAGACCAAGGGGAGACGGGGAAGAAAGGACCCAUGGGCCCAGAGGGAGAGAAAGGAGAAGUGGGUCCCGCUGGACCUCCUGGACCAAAGGGAGACAGAGGAGAACAAGGGGACCCAGGGCUGCCUGGAGUUUGUAGAUGUGGAAGCAUCGUGCUCAAAUCUGCCUUUUCCGUUGGCAUCACAACCAGCUACCCAGAAGAAAGGCUACCCAUCAUAUUUAACAAGGUCCUCUUCAACGAGGGAGAGCACUACAACCCCGCCACGGGGAAGUUCAUCUGUGCUUUCCCAGGGAUCUACUACUUUUCUUACGAUAUCACGUUGGCAAAUAAGCACCUGGCCAUUGGGCUGGUCCACAACGGGCAGUACCGGAUAAAGACCUUCGACGCCAACACAGGGAACCACGACGUGGCUUCGGGGUCCACAGUCAUCUAUCUGCAGCCGGAAGAUGAAGUCUGGCUGGAGAUCUUCUUCACCGACCAGAACGGCCUCUUCUCAGACCCGGGCUGGGCGGACAGCUUGUUCUCCGGAUUUCUACUGUACGUGGACACAGAUUACCUGGAUUCCCUAUCAGAAGACGACGAGCUGUGAUCAGGACAGCUGAGCGGGACAUUCCAAAACCCGUGGGGGACAUGCUUUUUGACUCAGUCUGGGGCCCUGGGAGGUGGCGAAACACAGAAGUGAAGUCCAAAGAGACUCCCACUCAGAUUCCAGAGCGUUUACAGCCAGCUCUAGCGGAGCCUAUUAAAAUAAGAUGAACCGCCAAACUGUGGAAAGCUAACCAAAAUGAAUUCUAUAAAACAAUAACCCAGGAUAUGAAUUCUCUUGAAAACAGUGUUUAUAAAUAUUUAAACAAAUGCAAGACAACGUUAAUAAAAUUUUUAUUAAAUUCCCUGAGUGAUAACACCACCUGGAAAUGAUAUUGCCUCAUUAAAUCUUCAUAAAAUUACAUGUUUGCCUGUUAGUUAAAAGAAUCAUAACAUCGCAGACGGUCUUUGAUAAUUCUCAAAAGGCUAUAUAGUUAGUCAGAGACCAAAGGUAAGCAGUGCUGAGUAAUUUGAAGCAAGUUAAAGUGAAGUCAUAGUUUCCUUUUUAGUUAUUUUUUCUUUCAUGCUUGGACGUGAAGUGCAGAGUUUAUUCUUGUACUGUUACUUAUUUAUUAAUUACUAUAUUUGAAAGCGGCUACAACUGUAAAUCUAAUUUUGCCCCACCUUGUAUAUUUAUUCAACAACUCUCUAGCUAAGCCUGCAGUGACCAGACAGACACUAUGGUGCUGGGUCAGAUGUAAUAAUGAGUUAAGACCAAGUCCCCACCUUCACACAGGCUUGCGUGUGAUGAUCCUAUUGUCACCACUCCAUGUGAGGAGCACCAAGGCAAACAGCAGACUGACUCCAUGAGAGCCAGAAAACGUGGAAAUACAUUAUGUGUGUCCAAGUGUGUGUCUCCAGAUAGAUGGAAGAUAUGCAAAGAAAAUAAGGCAUACAGUGGUGGCAUGCUUCCCACGCCAUCCUCAAAGCACCAUUGGUAUCUGCAAACAAGAAGGGGUGGAAACCGGGAGACAGAGGAGGCCUGGGAGGGGUAAUGGAAACAAAGAGAAGCAAGGACCUGAGCCCGGGUUCUCCCGAGCCCAUCAGCUUCACAGUUUGCCAAGACAAAUAUGUACCCUCUUAGCAUUCUCACAGAUAAGGGAAUUUCUUUACACUGUGGUAAGGACAUUGUGUCUUGGGGAUUUUCUAGGUUUUGAAUUCAGAUAAAGCAAAGUGUCCAGAGAUUUAUGAGGGAGCUGAUAGGAGGGGUGAGCAGGAGGGAGAGGGAGGGAGACCAGACGGCUGAGCAGAUAGCUGUCCCUCCCAAGUCUCUCACUGCCCUGGUCCCACACUCCCUUGUGUCGGCCCCGUGUUCCCCACUGCACCGCAGCCCCUCAGUGAGUCUCACCCGUGAUUCUGUCAUCUGCCACUCCCUUGGCUGACAGCAACAGCACUCCCUUAGUCUCUCCUUUUUGUAUCUUCCAACCCUCUGUCCAUGCAUUCCUCUCUCUGAUCUUCCAUUUAAUAAAUUUUUUAAUGCUUCUUA